AUGGUAAAUUUUUCUAUCUUCACCCAAUGGCAGUGGCACAAAGAGAAGGGAGUCAUGGAACGCAUGGACAAGAAAACCGGGAGGGCAGCUUUAUGAUUAGGGAAGGGAUCUCUCUUGUUAGUAGGUAAUGGUUAUGGCACAUGAAAGAUGCGCACACCCCCCUCGUCCCACUUUUUCCUCUCUUGCUAGUGUGCGCCCUCGUGGCUUUGCGUGCGCCGCUUGCGCUACCUCCUAACCUACGCCCACACUCAUCUCCUCCUAUCCCCGACAACAAGAUCAUCACACCCAUCGUCGAUACUUCCAAGGCCAGGCUCAAGCUCCAACUUUCCGAGAUCUCUUCAUCCGACGUCGCUCCCAUGUCCAAAGCUCGAGUCUACGCCGACGUCAACGUUCUUCGCCCCAAAGAUUACUGGGAUUACGAAUCUCUCACCGUUCAGUGGGGUGAUCAGGAUGACUAUGAGGUUGUUCGGAAAGUUGGAAGGGGAAAAUACAGCGAGGUUUUUGAAGGCAUAAAUGUUAAUAGCAACGAGCGAUGCAUAAUCAAGAUCCUCAAGCCUGUUAAGAAAAAGAAGAUAAAGAGGGAGAUAAAAAUACUUCAGAACCUUUGUGGGGGCCCAAAUGUCGUCAAGCUGCUUGAUAUUGUCAGAGACCAGCAUUCAAAAACUCCUAGCUUGAUAUUUGAGUAUGUGAACAGUACAGAUUUCAAAGUUUUGUACCCCACUCUGACCGAUUAUGACAUACGCUACUACAUAUAUGAGCUUCUCAAGGCAUUAGAUUACUGUCAUUCACAAGGAAUAAUGCACAGAGAUGUCAAGCCUCACAAUGUUAUGAUAGACCAUGAGUUGCGAAAACUUAGACUGAUUGAUUGGGGUCUUGCUGAAUUCUACCAUCCUGGCAAAGAAUAUAAUGUUCGUGUUGCUUCUCGAUACUUUAAGGGGCCAGAACUUCUUGUUGAUUUGCAAGAUUAUGAUUAUUCUUUGGAUAUGUGGAGCCUUGGUUGCAUGUUUGCGGGAAUGAUCUUUCGCAAGGAACCAUUCUUUUAUGGUCAUGACAAUCAUGAUCAGCUUGUCAAGAUUGCCAAGGUACUUGGUACAGAUGAGUUAAAUGCAUAUCUGAACAAAUAUCGUUUAGAGCUCGAUCCUCAACUUGAUGCUCUUGUUGGGAGGCACAGCAGAAAGCCGUGGUCCAAAUUUAUCCAUGCAGACAAUCAGCAUCUAGUUUCUCCAGAGGCCAUUGAUUUUCUUGAUAAGCUCCUUCGAUAUGAUCAUCAGGACAGGCUGACAGCAAGAGAGGCAAUGACAUGCACACACGAAGGAAAUUCUCAUGUUUUCCUACCAAGAAAGGGGGUUAAGAAGGAAAAGAAAAUUUUUGGAAAACUGCACAAGCUCUGUUUGAUGAUAAGAACAAUUGCUUGAUUACACUGACAUGUUAUUCUCAACUUAUGUUCCGCUGUAGGCACAUCCAUAUUUCUUUCAAGUGAGGGCUGCAGAGAGUAGCAGGAUGCGAACACAGUAGCCUCUUCAUCUUGUGUGCAUACAUAAAAACAGCGCAUGUCAUUGGAAUGUAGCAUGUUUGCAUUUUUAUAUACCCUAUAAAAUGUUGGAGCUACCUUGUGCCACUUGUUAGCUCUAGCAUUUAUCGAAUUUUAAAGAAUGAUCCUAAAGUCUCUCCCUUGAAGAUAACUAUUGUGGAUUUAGGACCUGUCUUUGAUAACUAAAUUUUUCUGGAUUUUACUCAACAUGAAGCUAUUUUAUAUUGUCUGUAACUCACCAAUAAGCAGAAUUCGUCUUGGAGUGCUUA